CUUCGGUUGCUAGGGGGAGAGAGACGGUCCUAGGCAACGUUUUACGCAAACCCAAACUGAGAGAGGUCGAGAGAAAGCGAGCGAGAGGGGGGAGAGCGACAACGGGAGAGUACAGCACGCGGUCACAGUGGUGGACUGCACACUGGAUGCCGGACACAACAGCUCGACCUGCGUGGAGAGAGGGACAGGCUACCCCCAACAUAGCGCUGCGUAAAGCGCGACAACCCCGCUAUAUUCUGGGUGGAUUUCCGGGGUGCACAGACCGCCACGAGGGACGACAUCUGCCCGUAGUGAAAUAAUUUAAAAUAUAGUUAAAGGAGUACAAACAUUGUGCAAAAAAGCAUCUGAAGGAAAACAAAAGAGAACGGACGGACAGCAUUACAUGGCAAUACAAAUACAGAGGUGAGCCCCGAUUUCAAAGCAAUUCAGAAAACCCCAUGUCCUGUCAAGUUCGGACUGCAGCUAGCGACACAACAGGACCUGGGAGAACCUCUACUACACUGCCGUUGGGACGUUGUCGUAGGACAACAAGACAUGCUGCACUGAUUAGAAGAAAUGUUAGCUUAUAAAUAUAAUUAGUAUUAUUAUUAUUAUCAUCACAUUUUUGUUGUUGGUGUUUGCUGUUGUUUAAGUCCAUGUAACAUGGUCUGAGAAGAUUGGUGAGAAAGGAUCGAUCAAGUUAGAAAAACAGAAGGUGAAGGAGGAAAACUAGAAGGGGAAAUAAUCCCUUCAGACGUAGACGCUGACUCUGGGGUUUGUGCAUGAGAUGGGCUCCACAAGCCUAUGAGUGCGCUGGCCACUGGCACGCUGGGACCACCAUGCCCCCCCUCCCUGCCAGCUCUCCACCCGGGUUCCUCCACCAGCACCGCACAGCCAGAGCCAGGGCCGGCCUGUCAGCCCGACCCCGUGCUCGCUGACCACACCCCGCAAGCUCCGGCGGGAAGGCCAGCGGAGGCCGGCAGGGCACGGCAUGGGCAACUCAUCUAGAAAAGAGGGCGAGGAGGAAGAAGAGGAGGAGGACGGGGGCACGGCAGGCGAGAAGAAGAAGAAGGAGGAAGAGGAGGAGGAGGAGGAGGAAGAGGAGUUGCCGAUGGGGGUGGACGAGUUGCUGGACAGUGGGGACCCAGUGCUGGACCUGAGCUACCGCAAACUGCGGAAGCUGCCCUCGCGGGUCUGCACCCUGGAGCACCUGCAGAAGCUGUACCUGUGCGGCAACCGCAUGCGGGGCCUUCCGGAAAGCCUGGCCCAGCUGCAGGGCCUGCGCAUCCUGGCGCUGGACUUCAACAAGAUGGAGGACGUGCCGCCAGCCGUCUGCCAGCUCGCCAACCUCACCCGCCUUUACCUGGGCAGCAACCGGCUCAUGAUCCUGCCCCCGGAGCUGAGCAACCUGCAGAGCCUGCGCUGCCUGUGGGUGGAGAGCAACUACUUCCAGCGCUUCCCCCGCCAGCUCUACGACCUCCCCCACCUCCGCUCCUUACAGCUGGGGGACAACCGCCUGCGGAGCCUCCCGGCCGACCUGUGGCGCAUGGAGGCGCUGCGCGGCCUCUGGCUCUACGGCAACCGCUUCCGGGAGUUCCCCCGGGUGCUGCUGCGCAUGGAGGGGCUGGAGAUCCUGGACCUCGACCGCAACCAGAUCUCGGAGUUCCCUAGCCUGGCCCACCUUCCCGCCCUGCGCCUGCUCUCCUACGACCACAACCCCGUCAAGGGCCCGCCCAAGGUGGGAGAGGAGGUGCUCCUGGUGGGGGAGGGGGCGGAGGAGGCCCUGGAGGCGCGGGCCCAGAAAAAGGAGGCACGGCGGCGGGCCGCCGAGAAGGAGGCGGAGGAGGAGGCGGCGGCCGCCGCCGGGGGAGGCGCCGAUGAGCCGGUCAUUCACGGCAUCCUGAAGAACAGUAGCUCCGCUCCCAGCCACCCAUCCAACGGGGUUUCGGCGGAGACGGAUGAAGGUUUAGCAGAGGAUGCUGCACCGCCAGAAGAAGAGGAGGAGGAGGAACAGGAAAAUUGGGAAGGGGUAGAGUGUGAUAAAACUGUGGUUGAGUACGAUGAGGUCGAGCUGGAGUACGAGGAGGAGGGGAUUGAGUAUGAGCGGGAGGAGCUAGUGUGUGAAGGGGAGGGGUUUGACCAGGAAGGAACAGAGCUGGUGUAUGAGAGGGCGGAGAUGGACUAUGAGUAUGAGGAGGAAGAGGAGGAGUUUGAUGACACAGAAAGGCAGGGAAGGGGGGCAUGAUGUUUAAAUAGUCCUCUACUUGAUCUCUCAUUAAUUGUAUCUUUGCACUCGUUAAGACUGACGAAUGGGGUGGGGGAGGAUUUGGGGACCUUUUUAACCUCAAAUCGAUGGAAUUAUGUUAGAGCAUAACCUUCAACAUGAACGGUCAUGCUACUGUUUUCCUGAUCUUGAUUUCUUUCGUCUGAUAAAAGCUUCCCUUGCAAACCUGGCUACAGUGAGGUACGCCAAAUUUCAGGGAAACGGCAAUAGCACGACUGGACACUUGAAAGACUGGCGGUUUUAUCAAGUAACAUGAGGGUCUUACCACUAUGUGUUGUACGAUCUUUAAUCCUUUUUGUGAGGAAGAGCAAUGAGUGCACUUUUAGGAUGGGCAGAAACCCUGAAAGAACCCAGAAACCCAGCUCCCCGCUGUCCUCUUUCGGAGAGGCGGAAAGAGGACGAUGGAGAGCGGGGGGAACUGGGACGAGGUGUAACAUGAACCCUCGCGAAGUUGACUGUGUCGCCUGACAGGGAUACGACUGUGAUGUCAAUCCGCGGUGUGGUUCACCCAUGACGCGAUACUGCCUGUUGAUGUGAUAUGUGUUCAGGAAACCGGAUCUCGCCUCAUUAAAUAAUUACUGAGUUGACCAGAAGUCUACCGUGGUGAUUCGUGGUUCAGUGGAAGGAGGGAGGCUUGUUUCGGCACUGUGGGUUUUUUAUCUUCCUCAAUUUAUUUACAUUAUUUGGUUCUUCAGUAGAUGCCUUUAUCCAGGAUGACUCAGUGCUUAAGGGUUUACAUCCCACACAUUUUAGUAAUCCUUUUAUACAGCUGGAUUUGUUCUGCAGCCAUUACAGCUAAGUACCCUGCUCAAGGAUACAUCACUUGCCCACCUGGUUUAGGAAUCCACAACUCUUUCUUUUACUAUCCAAAACCUGAGUCACUACACCGUACUCCUGCUGUGAAGGAGCUGUUGGAACUAGUAUUGUAUCAGCCAUUAUGAUUGCAUUGGAACCAGUGAACCAGGUGCUAGGUUUUUAAGCAGUUCAGCGCAUUUUAAAAAUAAAUUUUAAAAGUAAAAAGUAAAACUGGCAACAUACAAUUAGCAUUCUUGAGUGUCACACUCUGGGGCCAGCUAUGUUGUUGUGUAGCAUGGCAUUCUGUCUCCACAGAUGUGGAAUCAUGGGACAACAAACAACAUUCAAUCUAAUGGUAUACACCAUUCUUCUUUCCCUUGGCAUGACUUCCUAUAGUCCCAUACAAUUAGCUAACCAGUUAUUAUAGGCAUGCUUAUCUAUUUGUGUUAUGAGUUGUAAGACAAACUGCAGUGAACCAAUGAAUUUAUUAAAUACAGCUGACAGAGACAGUGCACAACCAUUUGGCUGUCCUAGAAUUAGCUAUCAAGCUAAAUUUAAUCUGCUGUCCCUUGAUUAAUGGUACAUUGUGUAAAUAGUAUCAACCUUUCUGUUCUUCUGAAUCCAAAGUAAAUGUAGUCUGUUGAUUGGUGAAAGCACUGAGUAAUAUCAUUUACAUUGACAGUGUGGCCAUGUUUAUGCUGAAUUAAGUUGGGGGAGGGGGGGUGUGAUUCACAGUUUUACACAGUAGCUGUCCAGGGAGGAAACUUCAAGAGACGCAGAGGGGGUACUUCUCCUUAAAUGGGCAAGACAAGCAGAGGGAGAGGUUUUAAACAAAAGAUGGAAUGUUACCAAGGAACCAGGAGAGAGAGCGAGAGAGUGAUAGAGAGAGAGAGAGAGAGAGAGAGAGAGAGAGAGAGAGAUGACACUGUGGUAUUGUGAAUAGGGAAUAUGGAAGGGCAGAGGUCGGUUUACAAUUCUGUCUGACCUCCCUUGCAUUCACCUCAUUGUGUUGCUUGUCUUUCUCUAAGCUCUUUUCACCUUUCCACUCAACACCACAUUUUGUACUUUCUUUAUCCACCUUUAUUUAGCAGCUCUCUCCAGUACUUGUGAUUUCCUCCCCUGUUCUCCUCAUCAGCUGUUCUCUGUCUUUCAUUCUGAUGACCGUUCUUCUCUCCCUCCCAGCUUCAAGCCCCUCGAGGAAGCGAACGUAAAGCGUGCCGGGCGUGUGAAUCCGCUGCCCCCUCCUCUUUUUCACAGCGCUCCUUUGAAACUGUGAAAUAUGUAUCCUGGCCCUGAAAUAUUUAUGGAGAAAUACACAAUGCUGCUUCUCCCGCCUCCAGGGCCUUCUCCCCCGACUGCCGAAGACGGCAGCACCAGGGACGUUCUGUUUGAUAUCCAACCGCGCGCUACCGGCAUUAACACGAACCGAUACGUCCCCGCAUCUCCGCACCCACAGUUCUGAGGAGGGCAGCUGUCUCUGAAUAUUCAUGAAC